AUGAUAGGCAAUUUCCAAUUUUCCGUAGUGGAAGUGUGCUACUACUCGAACCCAAUUCGUAGGAUUUGACACUACAUUGUGAGUUUGUGACCCAAGUUUCCAAGUGUAAGAAAAAAAAACCAUCUUUUUAUCCUUUAUUGGGAUUCCAUUCCCCACAGUUGUAGUUGGACAGUGGACACCAUGAAGAGGAGGAGAAGAUCAUCACCACCGGAGCCACUCCCGCUUCUGGCAUUGACGCCGGUGAAAGAAGAAGACGACCCCAGAACAAAUUGGCAGUUGGUGACCGCUGCUUCUGAGCGCUACGGACUCCCAGAUGGUUGGUGCGUUGAGGAAAUCCCCCGUCGCUUUAGCCGCUCCCGUCCCGCCCGAGUUGACAGGUAUUUCAUUGAGCCUGACACGGGACAGAAGUUUCGUUCGCUAGUAGCUGUCCACAGAUAUCUAACAGGUGGACAAGUUGAUACACAUGCCACUAUGCAAUUUAAACCACACACCAUGAGGUGUAGUUCUUCCUUUGUACUACCAGAUGGUUGGGAAAUUGAGGAAAAGCCACGAAAGAAUACUAAUACUGGUCACAGUGACAAGUAUUAUAUUGAGCCAGGAACUGGAAGGCGGUUCCGUUCUUUAGUAGCUGUUGAGAGAUACCUAACAGAAGAAAAUGAACACACUCCACUUCAGGCAUUGAUACCUGCCAAUAAGUUGAUUCUUUCAAGUGGAUCCAGCAGCCAGAAGAAAAAGAUUCGGUCCCUGAAAUUUGUUUCUAAGAAUUCAUCACAUUCAAACCCUGCAGAUCAUUUUAGUAGUCCCAAGAAAGAAAUUCUCCCAGAAAUCAGUAGACCUUCGCAGCUCAAUAUUAGCAGCCCACCAACAAAAGUUAAAUGGGUCCUCGUUGGUCCUGGGGGGAAUAAUUGGAACCCCUUCAUGGAUGAUUCUAGAGUCGCCGAUUCUGUAAAGCAAAAGUGGUCUGAGAUUUUCAAAUCAUCCAUCUAUGACGAAAACAUUAAGGCACCGUUUGUGUAUGUUGAAAUACGAAAAAUUCUUCUUUACACCAAUAGUAGUGUCAGCACCCAAAUCAUGAACACACCCAAAUCAUCAUCGCCGGAGCCAAUUCCGCUGAUGACGGUGACUCCGGCGAAGGAAGAAGACCAACCCAGAAGCUCUAGGCAACUGCAAUUGGUCACUGCUUCGCGCUUUGGACUCCCAGAUGGUUGGUCUGUUGAGGAAAGGCCUCGUCGCUCCAGCCAAACAGUUGACAAGUAUUACAUUGAGCUUGACACGGGACUGAAAUUUCGUUCACUGGCAGCUGCCCGCAGAUACCUAACAGAUGGGCAAAUUGAUACACGUACCAGGAGAGAAAAAUCAGGCAGUCAAAGCACAAUGCAAUCCUUCAGGAGAAGUUCUUCCUUCACACUACCAGAUGGUUGGGAAAUUGAGGAAAGGCAGCGAAAGAAUACUAAUUCUAGUCAUAGUGACAAGUAUUAUAUUGAGCCAGGGACUGGAAAGCGGUUUCGUUCUUUAAUAUCUGUUGAGAGAUACCUAACAGAAGAAAUUGAACACACUCCACUUCAGGCAUUGAUGCCUGCCAAUAAGUCUAAUCUUUCAAGUAGUUCUGGCAGUCAGAAGAAGAAAAUCCGGUCCCUGGAAUUAAUGUCUAAGCAUUCACCAUGUUCGAAUGAAUGUUAUAAUAGCACACUCGAUGCAAUGAGGCUCAACACUUAUUCUAUACCUGAAAAGCAUUCUAGUUCUCCAAAGAAAAGUUUUUCUGGGGAGACGAGUAGACCCUCAGAGCUCACUAAUUGCAGCCCACCAACAAAAGUUAAAUGGGUUCUCGCCGGUCCUGGGGGGAAUAUGUGGAACCCCUUCAUAGAUGACUCUAGGGUCGCUGAUUCUGUAAAGCAAAUGUGGUCUGAGAUUUUCAAGUCAUCAAUCUAUAACGAAAACGCAAAGGCACCAAGGUCUUAAGUUUGAUUUAUUCUGCCACAGUGGAACUUCUGUAACAUAUACUGUUUAUGUUUUUACAGUUUGGCCCAACUCACCUCUCCAGAUCCUUAACUUUCUAGAGACUAGUAAGAAUGUGCGUAGAGAAACUGUAACGAGGAGCUGGGUGAUAUGCAUAUGCAGACUUGUUGAAGCAUCGAAGGAGCAAUUUGUAGAGCAACUAGUAAGAAUGAUACAUUUGCUGUAUCAUUUUGUAAAACAAUUUUAUAAGGUCCCAAGUGGUCAGUUUGCAUAGUAUGGCUAGCAGCUCAUGACCUCAUGUAUGAUGGGGACAAUGUAUAAUUUGUAAAACAAUUUUAUAGGUCCCCAAUCGUCAUUUUAUAGGUCCCAAAUGUAUGAUCCAGGUUGUCUUGCUGGGUUUAAAAGUCUACACACCUGCAGAUAAGUUUUC